AUGGCCAACACUGGUGGAAAGAAACCCUUUUGGAAUUUAUCCGUAUAUAUCACUAGUUUAAGUACCGAAAAACCUGUUGAAGUGAAUGGAGAAACCUUUGUUGGUAAACUUAUGCUUGAUUUAGUUGAAGGACUUGACAUUUCGGCAGACUGGUCCGAUCAUGGCUUAUGGUGGCCGCAAAAGCGAAUGUGGCUGCUGAAACCUCGUUUGACUUUGGAUACUUGUGGCGUACAGGGAGAUGCGAAGCUUCAUUUCACACCUAUACAUAAAAAAAUCCGAGUUCAGCUUCCUGAUUUACAAUAUGUGGAAGUGUCUACAAAUUUUUCUAUUAAAGUGUUUGGAGCAGUUCAGGAAUUGUGCAAUGAACUCGGUAUUCGACACCCCGAAGAAUUAUGCUUGAUGAAACCGAAUUCCCGAAUGCUCAAAGAAGGCAAAAGAAGCGUACGAGGAAAGACCAAGAAGCGAUUGUCGGGUUCUUCGCUGAGCUCAGAUGAUAAUUUAUCCCAAAAUAGUGAUGAUAAACAAAGGGGUAGUAAAGAUAGUCUGACUCCAACAUAUGGUACCAUUCCUAAACAUGGUUACACAUCCAAUGGAAGCCUUUCACCGGGAUCAACAUCCCCAACUCCUAGCUCCCCAGCCUACAGUAGUUUAAGUCCUGAUGGGUCGUUUAAUACCAUAGAUAACACACAGUUGUCUACUAGCCCUCUCAUUCCCUCAACCGAAGCCGUAAAUAUGCUAUAUAAACCAAGAACUCUACAAGAAAAGGCCUACAUGAAUUCAGGUUGGCUUGACUCAUCAAAGUCCCUAAUGGAACAGGAGGUGCGAGAAUUUGAUACAUUGCUGCUGAAGUUUAAAUACUACACUUUCUUUGAUUUAAAUCCAAAGGUAGAUGAUAUCAGAAUUAAUCAACUUUAUGAGCAAGCCAAAUGGAGUAUUUUGACAGAAGAGGUUGAAUGUACUGAAGAAGAAAUGAUGACCUUUGCAGCAAUACAGUUUCAAGUUAAAAUACUUUCAACAUCACCACAACCUAAUGUAACUGAGGAUGAUGAUGACAUUGAUGCUGCCCUUAAUGAUCUGCAGGCAACACUUGAAGGAUCUUCACUGACAAACACCCCUGUUAAAGAUAAUCUCACUGCUGUCCCAGAAAUUAAGGAUUAUCUCAAUCUUAUCAAGCAGAAAGCUUUUGGAGUCAAAAAAAAGAAGCAUUGGUUCGUAUUUAAAGAUACCAUACUAACCAUGCACAAAAGCCAAGAAGAAUCGUAUGGACAGCCUCUUCAAAAGACGAACCUUAGAGGAUGCGAAGUUACCACUGAUGUUAAUGUGCACAAGGAUAGGUACCACAUAAAGCUGAGAUUACAAGAUGGUGAAGACUUGGAGAUAGCUUGUCAAACUGAGACGCAAUAUGCUAAGUGGAUGGCUGCAUUCCGCAUGGCAUCUAAAGGCAAGACCAUGGCUGAUGUGACCUACAAUUCCGAGAAAGCUGGCAUACAAGCUUUUUUGAGUAUGCAGCAUGACAAGGGUGAAUCUACUCCCACCAGCCCUGGACAGAUUCAAAUACAACCGGAAGAUUUUGUUGGACCUAGAAUGUUGAGAAAAUAUAAGCCGAAGCAGAUAGCUGCACGUAUUUUAGAUGCACAUACUUCAUUACAAAAGACAUCACUCGUAGAGUCCAAGAUGCUGUACAUUAGAAAGUGGCAGUCUUUACCAGAGUUUGGUACUUCCCACUUUAUUGUGAAAUUUAGAUCCGACAAACCAUCCAAGAAAGAGGAAAUCCUUGGAAUUGCUUUUAAUCGAAUCAUGAAAAUGGAUCCGAGCAGUCGCGAAGCCAUCAAAACUUGGCGCUACAGUGUCAUGAAAUCAUGGAAUGUCAAUUGGGAAACAAGAGAAAUGAUUGUACAGUGCGAGGGUGAAACUAUCGCUUUUAAUUGUUUAAGCGCAGAUAUCAAAUCCAUCCACGAGUUUAUUGGGGGAUAUAUUUUCUUGUCCAUGAGAAAAGACGUCAAUCAGCCACCGAGUGACGAAUUGUUUUUCAAGCUCACUGGAGGAUGGCUUUGAAAAAGUUUUCUCGGUUUCCGUUAAGACUUGACCACGACUUUACUUUACAUUUUUUGACUUGUUCAUGUCAUCGUGAGACUCGAAUAUAAGUUUUAUAUCACAUUAGUGUUGUAAGUGUAUUCCAAUAGGCCUCAAGCAUGAUGACGUUUUUUACCUACACUUCCAGAAUCCCUUUCGAUACCUUUUUUGUUACGCUAAUUAUCAUAGUUGUGGCUAUUCUCAAAGGAGUUUUAACACUUGAUAGCCCAGGCUCAUAGUUAGCGUUCAAUAACUGAAUCGAUCGAGAGACAGACAGACAAAGAUUAUAUGGGUACUUUUGAAUCCUCAUUUUUCUGCUCUAAAAUCAAUACAAUCAAAUAAAACUCUCACCGUGUGUUGUUGAUAUAUUGAACAGCCCCAUGGCUUAAUUUCAGCUCAUUUCAUUAAGGUUUAGAUGGCGCUCCCCCAUGUCAUGUUUUGUUUUGUGUAUAUCACCCGAGGCUACCCUCGAGAGUUUCCGAUUUUCCUCGGUCCAGGCUCUCUCGAGAAAAAAGCGGUUUUCGGGUGGCAAAAAAGUCAAGAAUCAAAAUGGCGUGCUGAGAAGCCGAAUUGUUAUACUCAUUUGGGGAUUGCUUCUCAAGAAUAAUGGCUUUGUUAAUUCUGUUAAGGUGAGAGCGUGACUCAGUUAUCUCUUCAAAGAACUGCAGAAGAAAGUAUUCAACUGGAAACAUUUUUCGGCAAAAUAAUUGGCAGAGUUCGACCUUUCGAAGGUCGUAUUUUCUGAGUCGUUUCCUACCUUCCUUCCUUUAGUGUAUAAUGGGGGAGCGUCAUCUAAACCUGAACCAAAUGAGCUGAAAUUAAGCCAUGGGGCUGUUCAAUAUAUCAAAAACAUACGUGAGAGUUUUAUUUGAUCGUAUUGAUUUUAAAGCAGAAAAAUGAGGAUUCAAUAAUAUCCAUAAAAUCUUUGUCUGUCUAUCUCCCGGAGCGUAUAAGGGUUCUUUAGGGUCUAUUGAAAAAGGGUUAUUUUAUUCAGUUGCGAUUGAAUACCUGAAAAAUCGUUUUGAAAAUUGGUUGUGGAUCCGACGUUGGAUUGACGAAGAAUUAAAAAACCUUUCAUGUCUUGGAUAUUAGAUUAAAAAUUCAGUGUAUUGUCAUCGGCUCCAUGGCAGUGACAUUUUACAGUGAAAGCAAAUAACAAAAGUAUAGAGGACGGUUUUAAGGACAUUUAAUGAUUUUUGAGUAGAAAGUAGUAGAGGUUGAUUCAUUGUGUGGAACCUAUAAUUAGCAAAGUUUGCGCUGACGUCACCUAUUGUAUACCAAUCAGAGAUCUAUCUACAAUCAAGAGGUCUUUGUUUUAAUGGUUUGCAAAUUUGAAUAAGAAAAGAUUCCUGAUGUCAAUGUACAUGUUUGUUAACAGCGAAUAUCGCUCAUGCAACAUUUCCAAAACCUAAACCUCUCCCUAAAUUAACAAUCAAACGACAGAAAUGGCACACGAGAACAAGGUUUCUUAACAGCGAUGUUGCAGUGAGAAAUUUUUCACGCAAAUGUGUUAAAGAGAAUACAAACUGAAUAGUGCAUUCCAAGACUGAAGGGCAUUGUGGGGCUCGUUAAUUUGAAAUAAAAAGUAAAUAUACAGCAAUUAACUCAGUACAUGUAGUUAGUAUAUUGUUUCAGAUGAAAUACACUAAACAUAGAAUAAAUUAUUAUUAAUCCUACUUUAGACAAUGUCACAAUGACCUACAAUGCACUUGGGACUUGGAAUGCACUAUUCAGUAUGCAGAAUUCAGUAUUCAAUAUUUGUUGAAAUAACUGUAAACAAACGGAAAGCAAAACGACGAAACCAAUAUAGAACCAGACUGGUACUA